UAUUAAGAUGCUGACUUCUCGUGCACUGGUGCGUGGGCUGCAGUCUGGAUUCUGGCGGAGGUUGUCGACUUCACCUGGCGCAUGGGCUGCACACACUCAUGAUGUUGAUGUGAUUGACUGCACCGUUCCUCAGUACAACAACCGUCUGGAUACUCCACUGCCUGAUAUUCCAUUCGUCAGAAACCUCAAUGCCGAACAGAAAAAACUCAAAGAGAAAGAGAAGGGACCAUGGACCCAACUCACCAAGCAGGAGAAAUUAGCCUUGUACAGGCUUACACAUGAAUUGUCAUAUGCAGAGAUGCAGAAAGGCUCCAAAGAAUGGAUGACCAUCCUUGGGGGCAUUUUUAUCUUCCUUGGCUUCACUGGGGUGCUAGUGUGGUGGCAACGUGUCUAUGUGUACGGGAAUGUUCCUCACACUCUGUCUCCUGAUUGGGUCGAGCAGCAGACACAGAGGAUGCUAGACAUGAGAGUUAACCCUGUCCAUGGGAUGUCUAAUAAGUGGGACUAUGAAAAGAAACAGUGGAAAUAAAUAAUGUGCAUUUCACUGUUAUGACAGAGAAUGUAGCAAGUUUGCAUUAAUGAGGAGUUCCAAACUCAAUAAUGCUGUGUAACCUGCAGCCUUAAAAUAUACAUGCAUGUGUGAACCCAAAUAAACGCACUGAAUUAAACUCA